AUGGUCGACCUCACCGAACAGGAGCUCGGCGAUGUCUACGCCUUUGCCGUCCAACUGGGCAAAGACGCCGGCAAUAUGCUCAUGGACUUUGCCCGGGCAAGAUGGGGAGACAAGGGCGUCGGGGAACAAUCCUUUUCCGAGAAGGACAACGCGGUCGACAUAGUCACCAAGGCUGACGAAGAUGUGGAGGCUUUCAUCAAGAACUCCAUCGAGAAGAGAUAUCCCUCGCACAAGUUCCUCGGCGAAGAGACCUAUGCCAAAGGGGGGUCACGCGAGUACCUAAUCGGCAGUGAGCCGACAUGGUGUGUUGACCCCCUGGACGGCACAGUCAACUACACGCACCUGUUUCCCAUGUUCUGUGUCUCGAUCGGCUUCAUCCUGAAUGGCAAGGCCACGAUAGGCGUCAUCAAUGCCCCGUUCAUGAACCACUUCUUCUCGGCGUGCAAAGGCAAAGGGGCAUGGCUCAACGAGACCCAGCCACUGCCCCUGAUGCGGAACCCUGUGCCCCCUAUUCCCGCCCGCGCACCUGGAGGGUGCAUCCUCUCAUGCGAGUGGGGUAAGGACAGGCGGGACAUCCCAGAUGGGAACAUGCACCGAAAGGUUGAGAGUUUCAUGAACAUGGCCGCUGAGGUCGGCGGGCGGGACGGCAGGGGCGGCAUGGUCCACGGCGUCAGAAGCCUUGGGAGCGCGACGCUGGAUCUGGCCUAUGUCGCGAUGGGCUCCCUCGACAUCUGGUGGGAAGGUGGUUGCUGGGAAUGGGACGUUGCCGCCGGCAUAGCCAUCCUACAAGAAGCCGGCGGGCUUGUCACGACUGCUAAUCCGCCCGAAGAUCACCAAACAGCAGAUAUCGCGGAUGUUCGGUUAGGCAGCCGGUUGUAUCUUGCCAUCAGGUUUGUCACUGCUUCUGAUGAUACCCGGUCCUUUCUCUCCGAGUUGGCAUGA